AUGGACGACGACGCGGUGACGAUCAGAUACAGAUCGAAAGCACAAGGAGAAGCGCUCGGGAGAAUCAUGGACGGUGGGUUCAACGUUCUCACCGUCGUUCUGCCGACAGCCGGAGGCAAGACUCUACUCUUCACCGCACCCGCUUGUCUGGAAGAAGACGUCGGGGUGACCAUCGUGGUGGUACCGUUCCGCAAGCUCAUCGACGAGACGGUGCGAGAAGCACAAAAGACGGUGGGUGACUGUGAAGAAUGGAGUCACAGCACCGUCGAUCCAGCAGCUCUCGUGGUCGUCAGCGUGGACAAGAUGCACGAUCACUUCUGGUCGUACGCACGGCAGAUGGCGGAGCAGGGCCGACUGAGACGAGUGGUGGUGGACGAGUGCCACUUGCUGGUGACUUCGCACAGCUGGAGACCGCAUCUCGUGGAGCUGGAGAAGCUCAAGUCACUAGGAGUACCGAUGGUGAUGCUGACGGCCACACUCCCAAGGUACAUGGAGGUCGAGCUACGACGAAGUCUAGGUAUCGGCAUCGGAAUGAUGUCGCUCAUACGAGCAUGCACGGUGAGGGAGAACAUCACUUACACCGUCAGACAGGACAUCGGCAAAGGCAAGCUGGUCGAAGAGACGGCCAGAGUGUGCGAAGAGGUCGCCGACGAGCUACGGAGCACCAGGAAAGAGAAGGCCGUCGUCUACUGCCGAAGCAAGAAAGACUGCGAGGAGAUGGCGGAAAAGCUAGGCUGCGGUUCUUCUACGCCGGACACGUCGACGGCGGGGAAACGCUAG